UCUCUCUCCUGACUUACCAUAAAGAAAGCAUCUUUGUGCUGAAAACAUAUCCUUCCUUCUCAAUCUUACAGAGAGAGACAAGAUUAGGGAGACAAUCGUCUGCCAUGGAUGACUAUACCCGAGAAAUGAUGGACCUCAAGACCCUUGUCACGCGAACCCUAGAGAAGAAGGGCGUUCUCGCUAAGAUCCGAGCGGAGCUCAGAGCAAGUGUUUUUGAGGCUAUUGAGGAAGAAGAUAGGGCAAUAGAGAAAGAUGAAGACUCACCCCCUGCACUAUUGGGAAGCUGCAACGACCAAGCAAAGAAGCUUCAUGCUACUGCAUUUGGAAGGUUGUUAACCGCUUUAGUUUGUGAAUAUCUGGAUUGGGCCCAACUUAACAACACAAUCAAAGUUUAUUUGCCUGAGUGUAAUUUGCAAAAAGAUACCUGGAAAUCCGAGUUGAAAGACUUUAGCAGCAAGAACGGCUAUGAUAUUAAUAGGACUGGUGAUAGUGGUGCUCCUUUGCUAUUGCAUGUUCUUGAAGGGUUUUUGAAUUAUGAGAACUUAUUGCAAUCAAGCGGAGGUGCUGGGAGGAGACUAGCCACUAACGAAAAUGAACCAUCAUCAAAUUUAGAAUCACGAAAUACUAGGAGACCAGCCUCAUCAUCUGUUGUCGGUGGUUUGCCUCCUCUGGGAAGGUUCGUCCCUGCUUCUCAUGUAUCUGAUAGGAGAGCAGGAUCUUCAACAUCAGGCUAUAGGAAAGAUGAGUAUAAUUAUAGAUACGAUAAUGACGAGUUACCAGAUGAUGUAAUUCGUGCAUCAACUGCUUUGGAGAACCUUCAGUUGGACAGAAAAGAGAGGAAUUUAACUUCUUCUUGGAGGCAUGGAGCGGAUGGAAUGACCGAAGAUGAUGGCAGGGGAUGAUAAUUUCAUGAACAAUGAAGACCGACCUCAAAUUUACUUACUUUUGUAGGUUUGCUUGUACUUUAUUAUUCCUGUUGUUUGUCUCUCUGUCUUUUGUAGGUUUUCAUGAAAAAUGGACUUGUGGUUUAAUUAAUUUGCUUGGUUUCUUAAAUCUUUGAAGUGGGUUUUCUGGUCCUUGUGGAAUUUGGAAUUCGAAUAUGGGUUUUCUGUUACAGGUGAUUAUGCUUACAAAAAGAGGUCUAUCUUCGUUU